GCGCAGCCCGCGCGGAGCCGGCUCAGAGCGAGAAAAGCGAACCUAACCCGUCGGGGCCGCCGCUCCGGACCCGCCGCCCGCCGCCUCCCCCCGGAUCGUGUGUACUGUCCCAACCCGAAAGUCCAGUUCUGCGGCCCGGCAGCGGCGAGAGCGCGAUGACACAGGAGUACGACAACAAACGGCCAGUGUUGGUUCUUCAGAAUGAAGCACUUUAUCCACAGCGGCGCUCCUAUACUAGCGAGGAUGAGGCCUGGAAAUCUUUCCUGGAAAACCCUCUCACUGCAGCGACCAAAGCGAUGAUGAGCAUCAAUGGAGAUGAAGACAGUGCGGCUGCGCUGGGCCUGCUCUAUGACUACUACAAGGUUCCAAGAGAAAGAAGGUCUUCAACAGCAAAGCCAGAUGUUGAGCACCCAGAGCCAGAUCACAGCAAAAGAAACAGCAUACCAAUAGUGACGGAGCAGCCCCUCAUUUCUGCUGGAGAAAACAGAGUACAAGUACUAAAGAAUGUGCCAUUUAACAUUGUCCUUCCCCAUGGCAACCAGCUGGGCAUUGAUAAGCGAGGCCACCUCACAGCUCCUGAUACUACAGUCACGGUCUCCAUAGCAACAAUGCCUACCCACUCCAUCAAGACGGAAAGCCAGCCACAUGGCUUUGCUGUGGGCAUCCCUCCAGCAGUGUACCACCCCGAGCCCGCCGAGCGUGUGGUAGUUUUCGACCGGAACCUUAGUACUGACCAGUUCAGCUCUGCUGCUCAACCCCCAAAUGCUCAGCGGCGGACUCCAGACUCUACUUUCUCAGAGACCUUCAAGGAAGGCGUUCAGGAGGUUUUCUUCCCCUCGGACCUCAGUCUGCGGAUGCCUGGCAUGAAUUCAGAGGACUAUGUUUUUGACAGUGUUUCUGGGAACAACUUUGAAUAUACCCUAGAGGCUUCCAAAUCACUUCGACAGAAGCCUGGAGAUAGCACUAUGACAUACCUGAACAAAGGCCAGUUCUACCCUGUCACCUUGAAGGAGGUGAGCAGCAAUGAAGGAAUCCAUCACCCCAUCAGCAAAGUCCGAAGUGUGAUCAUGGUGGUUUUUGCUGAAGACAAAAGCAGAGAGGAUCAGUUAAGGCAUUGGAAGUACUGGCACUCCCGCCAGCACACGGCCAAACAAAGGUGCAUUGACAUAGCUGACUAUAAAGAAAGCUUCAACACGAUCAGCAACAUCGAGGAGAUCGCUUACAACGCCAUUUCCUUCACCUGGGACAUUAACGACGAAGCAAAGGUUUUCAUCUCUGUGAACUGCUUGAGCACAGAUUUCUCUUCUCAGAAGGGCGUGAAGGGGUUGCCUCUUAACAUUCAAAUUGACACCUACAGUUACAACAACCGCAGCAACAAGCCAGUGCACAGGGCCUACUGCCAGAUAAAGGUCUUCUGUGACAAGGGAGCCGAGCGGAAAAUCCGGGAUGAAGAGCGAAAGCAGAGCAAGAGAAAAGUUUCGGACGUUAAAGUGCCGCUGCUUCCCUCUCACAAGCGCAUGGACAUCACGGUGUUCAAGCCCUUCAUUGAUCUCGACACUCAGCCUGUCCUCUUCAUCCCUGACGUGCACUUUGCCGGCCUGCAGCGGGGCGCUCAUGUCCUUCCCAUUGCCUCGGAGGAAUUGGAGGGUGAAGGCUCCGCCUUGAAAAGGGGGCCAUAUGGCACGGAAGAUGACUUUGCUGUCCCGCCUUCUGCUAAGCUGACCCGGGUAGAAGAACCAAAGAGAGUGCUGCUCUACGUUCGAAAGGAGUCAGAAGAAGUUUUUGAUGCCCUCAUGCUUAAGACCCCGUCUUUGAAGGGCUUGAUGGAAGCUGUAAGUAGAAUCAGCUCUGUAAUCCCCUUUAAAAACGAAAAUAGGAUUCCACUGGAACAAAUUUCAGCAGGUCCACAUUCUGUCGUAUCUUCGCUGGAAUCAUUGCCACUCAGUCCUGUCUGUUCCGCUGCAUUGAAUGGAUUCUUGAUGGCCUCUGAAAUAGUUUAAUUUUAUAUACUUGCUUAAAGGGAGAGUGCCAUUUAGCAAACCAUUUAGAACUUAACAAAAGUUAUGUUUAAUCAAAUAAAAUCUUGAAAACUUCGUACAUAAAAAUAGUAGCUCCUCAGUCUGCCUUUGAAACUCCUGAUCUUAGGGAAUUACUGAACUGGUGUCAAAACCUUACCCAGAGCAUCUUUGAGAAAAUUUAGGGGUGUAACCAGUGAUGGCCAUAAAUCCUUCCUACAGGAUGUCAGCACAGGGCUGGAGUGAAUGAUCCCAUAUUCCCUUUUAGGAUACCAGUGAGCGAGGUGACCGGGAAGGACACUGCGUGGCUCCCCAUCUUGGCUUUGCCCUAUGGUAGAAUUCAAGUAAUCGGCACCAUAGCCUGAUGUUUACUGACCUCAGUCCCCUGGAGACCAUAGAGAUGUUUAAGCCACCAGGCAGAUGCUGUGGCUCACACCUGUAAUCCUGAGAGGCUAAGGUG